AUGUCGGGUCGCGGGAAGCAGGGCGGCAAGGCGCGGGCCAAGGCCAAGUCGCGCUCGUCGCGGGCCGGGCUGCAGUUCCCCGUGGGCCGCGUGCACCGGCUGCUGCGCAAGGGCAACUACGCGGAGCGCGUGGGCGCGGGCGCGCCGGUGUACCUGGCGGCCGUGCUGGAGUACCUGACGGCCGAGAUCCUGGAGCUGGCGGGCAACGCGGCCCGCGACAACAAGAAGACGCGCAUCAUCCCCCGCCACCUGCAGCUCGCCAUCCGCAACGACGAGGAGCUCAACAAGCUGCUGGGCAAGGUGACGAUCGCGCAGGGCGGCGUGCUGCCCAACAUCCAGGCCGUGCUGCUGCCCAAGAAGACCGACAGCCACAAGGCGAAAAGCAAGUGAAAAAAGUCCGAGGAGCGCUCCCAACCUCAAAAGUAACCCAAAGGCUCUUUUCAGAGCCACCACUUCCUCAUAAAAGGAGCUGUACAUCCUAGCAAAAAUACCAAACUAAACACCUCCCUUCCCCCUCCCCUUUCUCAGAAACCCUAAAACGAAACUAAAAUGAACAAUCCCCCUAAAACACCCCAAAUCCUUUUAAUCUUAGCU